AUGCCGCCUGAGUUAAGGCGGGCAAGAGUUGAUAGGUUCCUUAACCUGCGACAGGAUGACAUGUCUGUUAGAGAGUACAGUGUGGAGUUUGAUUCUUUAGCUAGAUAUGCCCCUGCUAUUGUGCAAAACAUGGAAGAUAGAGUUCACCGAUAUGUGAUGGGAUUAGAGCCGGAGCUGCAGGAGGCUUGUAUGGCCGUGGCAAUGCAGCCGGGUAUGGAUAUAGCUCGUGUUCAGGCCUAUGCUCAGGGGUCAGAAGAUCGAAAGCGUCAGCGAGAGGCCACCUCAGAGCGGAGUAGUGACCAGUCCAAGAGGGCCAGGUCAGAGCGUCAGAAUACAGGUUCCACCAGAGGAAGCAGACCCCAGUACAGCGCACCCUCGCAGUUUCAUGGAUCCCAGCGGGGUAGGGAGGCCUUCCCUAGGCAGAGACAAAAUCCUCCUUAUGCAUCGGAUUCUCAGCGGCCGGCAGGGUCAGGGCAGGAAGUGAUGCCCCGUCCUCGAUGCCCGACUUGCGGGAGGUGUCACGUAGGACGAUGUCGACUGGGUGUAUCCUAUACUUGCGAGGACCCGAGCCACUAUGCUAGAGACUGCCCGCGGAGUAGUGCCAUUCCUGGAAAUUCGGUAGCAGCAGCGUCACCCUCAGUGAGAGCGCCCGAGACAGGACCCCAGACUUCUUCCGGCCGAGGUAGAGGUGGAGGUAGAGUACCUAGUUCCGGUGCGGGGCCACAUUGUAUUUAUGCGCUAGGUGGGAGACCGGCUCCAGAGACAUCGCAGGAUGCGCCACCAGGUAUAUUCUUCUUCAGAUAA